AUGCGCGAAUCCCGAACCAAUAGCCUAACUAUUCUGAGUCAUGUGACACACGUAAAUGUCAAAAUGGAACACGAUUUCAAGCCGAUUUUCGAUUGUUUUCUUUCGCUAGCCCUUUGUUUUUCGUUAUCAGUAACGUAUUUGGCCAGCCUGUAUGUGUGGAAAAGCCCCUACCAAAGGGACCAUCCUUCGACGAUUAAAAAACGAUUUAUUAGUGUAUUUUUCAUGUUAUUCAUCGCACCAUGUUUUUUGUUUUACGGAUUGGAAAAGUCUGUACUUCAGGAGACAAGUCUGUUAGAAAUUCUAGGGUUAAAAACCCAAGGGCUACUACAAGCAGUAAUUUUACCACUAGUGCUCACGAUGACUCUGUUUUUAGGACCUCUAGCAAUGGAAGUAGCUAAUGGAUUCUCAAAAUUGCAAACAGAGGAAUUAGAUCUUAUAUGGGUCAGAAGCCAUAUAGUAGCUCCAUUUAGUGAGGAGUUUACCUAUAGAAGCUGUAUGUUACCUUUAUUAUUGCAAUGCUUGCCGCCUAUCACUGCCGUCCUGAUAAAUCCUCUAUUUUUUGGGAUAGCUCAUUUACACCACACGAGAGAAAGACUGAAAUUUGGAAUGGAUUUUAAAACAGCCAUUUACAUCGGAUGUUUUCAAUUCGCUUACACCACAAUAUUCGGAGCUUAUUCUGCCUACCUGUUUUAUAGAACCGGUCAUUUUUUAACCACUUUUGUCGUUCACGCUUUCUGUAACCACAUGGGGUUUCCCGAUUUUUUGGAAGUGGCCAGCUACGAACGGGGUAAAAAACUGGUUAUUUCCACUCUUUUUGUGCUUGGUCUGGUGUUAUGGUGCUUUUUAUUAAAGCCUUUAACGGACCCCACUUGGUACCACCAUUUUCCGAAAUGGUACAGCAUUUUAUGAUUGCAUUUUUUAUUUAGUAAAUGUAUUACAUAAAGACUGAAUUGUAUAUAAAAUGAGAAGUGAGGACAAAAUAAAUAGUAUUAUGUUAACUUUA